GAAAUGUUUUUAACUGAAAUUUGUCAGCCUCGCGAUAAUAAUGAGAUUGCAAUAAUAAAAGAAUUUUCACGAAUAGGAAGGCGAAAUACAAUUCUAUUUUUUGUAUUGGUACACUUUAAUGGAUGUGUAUCAUAUUCAAUACCCUUGGCAUCAAAAAACGUUACAACACUUCCUUUACCUGCCUGGUUCCCCUAUUCACUCCAAGACUCCAGUCUUGUAUUUAUUUUUUCUUAUGUCUAUCAGACAAUAGGCAUUAUUAUGACAAUAACUAUUUCUGUGGGAAUGGACAGUUUAGCGUUGACAACAAUUCUACAAAUAUGCGGUCAAAUAGAAAUAAUAAUGCACCGCUUCAAUUUAUUGUCAGAAGUGUCUCAUGAGAAUAAUGAUAAUAUUAAAAUAUCCGAUGGUUCGUACAAUGAUAAGGAAACAGAACUCACCAAACAUUGUAUAAAACAUCUUCUGUUCAUUUAUUCAUUGGCGAAAAAUUUAAAUAAACAAUUCGGUCUUGUCAUAUUUCUUCAAUUUUUUGCAUCGAUGUUCAAUUUGUGUGCAAUUAUUUUCAAUUUAUCUAAAGUGAGUUUAGGCAGUCAAGUUGGAUGCAUAAUGAUAUUCGCAGUGGCAACGUAUGUUCUGCAAAUUUACUUUUAUUGCUUCUAUGGAGAUCAGAUAACGGAGAAGAGUUUAGAAAUAGCCCAAACGAUUUAUUUUUUAAACUGGGAGGCCCUAAAAAUUAAGACAAAGAAAACUUUAAUUAUAAUAAUGAUACGCUCUUCAAGACCAAUCCAGUUGACUGGUGCUUCAAUCGUCACCAUGUCAAUUGAUACAUUUAUGAAAGUAGUGAAAUCAACAUAUUCUGCUUAUAAUCUACUAAAAAAUACUUCACAAUAAAAAAAAUUCAACACAUAGUAUAAUUAUAUAUUUCGAGUAAAUUUUUUAGACAUUUAUAAAAAU